AUGAAAAUGAUUCUGCGCCUGAGUUUGCUCGCCCUGGGGGCAGCCUACGCUUGUGCCUUCAGUAUAGACAAGACCAUGAACGGGCUGGUGGCAGAGACCCUGACUCUUCUAUCCACACACCAAACACUGCUGACCAGCAAUGAGACCCUGUGGAUUCCUAAUUUUGAACAUAAAAAUCACCUACUGUGCAUUGAAGAAGUCUUUCAGGAAAUAGACUACUUGAAGAACCAAACUGCACAAGGAGAGACUGUGGAAAAACUGUUUCAAAACUUGUUUUUGAUUAAAGAAAUGAUCAAAAAUAGAAAGUGUUGCAGAACAGAAAAAAGCAAAGUAAAACCAUUCCUGGAUUACCUGCAGGAGUUUCUCGGCGUAAUAAAUUCUGAGUUGCCAAUGGAAAGUGACAACUUAAAUGGCUGUUCCAGCUAAAGACUUGGGAGAAAAGAAGAACAUUUUAGUGUGAAAAGAAUGUGGCCAACCAAGAAGGGAGACUUAAAGUUCACCUAAUGAAAUUCAUAGACAAAGCAAAUUGUUUCAUGCAUACUGCUACUUUGCCAACUCCUGCAGGCAGAAAGCAUAGAAACAAAAUACUUGAGACAUAUUUCAGAUACCAAAAUCAUUCAUGUUUU